AUGUCCACUAUCAAGGCAUUCAGAGCGUUAACCCGUCCAGCGCGACAUGCCACCACCAAAAUACAAGCUCCCGCCUUUGCAUUAUCACAAGUACCAGUACGAAACUACUCCUCCUCCAAGAAACACCCUAAAGGCUUCACGCCCCCCUCAUCCGAAGAACUGUCCGAGCUCCGCGAGCGCGUGCAGGAGUUUACGCGUCGCGAGAUCACGGAAGAGGUGGCAGCGCACACGGACAAGAGCAAUGCCUUCCCCAACGAGAUGUGGCCAAAGUUAGGCGAGGCCGGGUUCCUGGGAAUGACGGCGGACGAGGAGGUGGGCGGCCUGGCUAUGGGGUACCAGGCACACUGCGUCGUGAUGGAGGAGAUAUCGCGGGCUAGCGGUAGUAUUGGCUUAAGCUACGCGGCUCACUCGCAACUAUGCGUCAACCAGCUACAGCUCAAUGGAUCGCCCGCCCAGAAGCAGAAGUACCUACCCGGUCUGAUUGCAGGGACCAGUGUUGGCGCCCUCGCCAUGUCUGAAUCAGGCGCCGGCAGCGACGUCGUUAGUAUGCGAACGGCCGCUAAAAAGGUCGAUGGCGGGUUUCUGCUCAACGGCACCAAGAUGUGGAUCACAAAUGGUCCGGACGCUAACCUCGUCGUCGUGUACGCGAAGACAGAACCUCAAAAGGGGUCCAAGGGCAUCACUGCCUUUAUCGUCGAGACUGAUGCGAAGGGCUUUAGCUGCGCACGGAAGCUCGAGAAGAUGGGCAUGCGUGGGAGCAACACGGGCGAGCUGGUUUUUGAAAGCGUCUUCGUGCCUGACGAGAAUGUACUGGGUCAAGUCAAUGGCGGCGUGCGCGUGCUAAUGGAAGGCCUUGAUCUCGAACGUCUGGUUCUCAGUGCGGGGCCCCUCGGCAUCAUGCAGGCGGCGCUCGACGUCGCGCUGCCAUUUACGCACCAGCGAAAGCAGUUUGGAGCUCCCAUCGCACACAAUCAGUUCGUGCAGGGUAAGCUCGCCGACAUGUACACGAAGCUGCAGGCCUCCAGAGCGUAUACCUACGCUACCGCCAAGGAAGUGGACGAGAAUGGCGUUAUCAGGACGCAAGACUGCGCCGGUGCUAUUCUGUACGCCGCGGAACGAGCCACGGAGUCUUCUCUAAAUUGCAUCCAAUUACUAGGCGGCAUGGGCUACGUAGAAGAGAUGCCUGCCUCGAGGUUACUAAGAGAUGCCAAACUGUACGAGAUAGGGGCGGGGACAUCAGAGAUUCGCCGUAUGGUCAUCGGACGAGCAUUCAAUAAGGAGUAUUCUCAUCUUGCAGCAUGA